AUGGCGUCAACCGUUAUACUUGGCGCUGGUAUCAUUGGUGUGUCGACGGCAUAUCAUCUCUCCGACCACCAGCCCGCAUCAAGUAUUCACCUCGUCGACCCGGCAUCGGGGCUGUUCUCGUCGGCUUCCGGCUAUGCCGGCGGUUUCCUGGCAAAAGACUGGUUUUCUCCUUCUAUCGCCUCGCUAGGUGCCCUCAGCUUCGAACAACACCGUCGGCUAGCGCAGGAAAAGGGCGGCAGAGAAAAAUGGGGAUACGCACAAACAACCUCAGUCAGCUACACGGCUUCCCCGAGUAGUGGAGGCUCUAACCAGGCGAGUGGCGAAGACUGGCUGCUCCAAGGGACCACAAGAGCCGGAGCGGCACCGGAGGAGAGCUUAAAAAUCAGCGGCCCGUCCCGGGAUGCGCCAGCAUGGCUGCGGAGAGUGCGUGGAGACCGCCUCGAGCACAUCAGCACCGAGGGCACGACGGCGCAGCUAGAUCCGCUCUUACUCUGUCGAUUCCUCCUUCAAGAAUGCCUCAAGCGCGGUGUCAAGCUCCAUCAUCCGGCCAUGGCUUUGUCAGUGAGCACUGAUGUCCGGGGCGAGCUGUCAAGCAUCCGGAUAGUUGACACGCAGUCAUCCAUCGAGACCGACUGGCCGUGCACCCGGCUCAUUAUCGCGGCCGGCGUGUGGUCUCCGGGACUAUUCCGGAGUCUAUUCAGCCACUCUCAGGCUCGGCUCCCCAUCUUGAGCCUCGCAGGCCACUCACUUGUGCUCAAAUCGCCGCGCUGGCACGGCGGGCUGGAGGCGGACGGGUGUCAUGCCAUCUACACGACUCACAGUUCGGGCUUCUGUCCCGAGAUUUAUGCCAGGCUGGGCGGCUAUAUCUACAUUGCAGGCCUGAACUCGGCAGAAACGCCCAUUCCCGAGACACCGGGCAAGGCUCCCGCGGAUGGCACAGCCAUUGCACGGCUAAGGAAGACGGCAAGAGACCUUCUGGGACCUACAGUGCUGACCGAAGACGGGGAUGAUGACUUGGAGGUCGUCAGAGAGGGGCACUGCUUUAGACCAAUUACGCCGUGGGGAACACCCAUCGUCUCACGGAUCCCGGACAAGGAUCUUGGCAUCGGGAUGGCGACGAGGCCCGGCGAGGACGGCGGCGUCUUCCUCGCCACCGGUCACGGUCCUUGGGGAAUUAGUUUGAGUUUGGGCACUGGCCAAGUGCUUGCAGAGCUGGCUCAAGGACGGCCUUGCAGUGCUGACAUCUCGUCCCUCGCCUUCCGAUGCGAGUGGUAA